AUGGCGACAGUUCAAAUGCAGAGAGUUGCAGUAUCGCCACAGGAACAAGCCAAUAUUGACGCAGCGAAGAAGAACAGAAUUCAGGUUUCCAAUACCAAGAAACCACUCUUCUUUUACGUCAAUCUUGCAAAGAGGUAUAUAGAGCAGCACAAUGAGGUUGAGCUCUCUGCCUUGGGAAUGGCAAUCACUACAGUUGUCACUAUUGCUGAGAUUCUGAAGAACAAUGGACUGGCUAUUGAGAAGAAGGUGUCCACAUCUACUGUUGGAAUGAAAGACGAGAACAAGGGUCGUCUCGUGCAGAAGGCUAAGAUUGAGAUUGUGCUGGGGAAGUCUGAAAAAUUUGACGCUAUAAUGAAAAUGAAUGCUGCUAUACUUGCUCCAGAGGCAGUUGCUGAGGCAAAGAAAUGA